CAAUGGCCCAUAACCACAAGCCAGUUUGCACCAACGGAUCCCAAAUCAACGGCCCAUAUCAACUCACGUGGGCCCCUCCACUCCCCCCAAUUUUCCCAACAGAUAUAUAAAUCUCCCCACACACACACAUCCCCACAUCAAAACUCGGGCCACUCUCUGAACAAUUCCAAUAACUCCUUUCUCUCACACACACUACGCGUUCUUUCUCUCUCUCACACNCUUUUUUCGCCGGAAAAAUUUAAACACUCCGCCGGAGAUGAAACCGGCGUCGGAGCACGUCAUUAGAAUAUCCAGGUACAGGAGCUGGGUCCACUGAAAACCAGGAGGAGCUGAGAAUAAAAAAGAAAAAAAAAUGGACGGCCAGAAAUCUCAGGCGAAGCUCACUAGGACCAACUCGUCGCUCCUGAGGUCUUCGCCGACCGUCCGAUCGUCGAUCCAGAGCCUGUCCUCCGUCAGCGAGAUCGAGCUGGGCGACCUCGAUGAGCAGAAGCCCCACGGCAGACCGGCGCCCCUCCACCCGGUUCGAUCCGGUUCGUCGCGCCUGGCGCCGGUCCUGGCCGUGUUCCUACUCUCGGCCUACACGAUCUUCUCGUUAUACUACAGGGAGGACGUUCCGACCUCCGAGAACCUCCUGCUGGCCCUUAUCUUCGUCGCCGUUUUCCUGUUCUACCUGACGAGGAACAGGGCCUCGAUGAGCAGAAAUUUCGACUCGUUGAAGCAAAUGUGCGACGCGUGUGCCGGGAAAUUAGGGUUCCCGUGCUUCUUGUCCCGGGCGCCGUCGAAGCCCGUGCAGUGGUUCAUCGGCGAUUCCGAUCUCGAAGAGGUAGGGCAACCUCGUCGAUUGACGAAAAAUCGGAGUAUCAGCAGGAUUACGAGGGAAGGGGUCGAGUUUUACAGCAAUGGCGAUUUUUACGAGGGGGAAUUUCACAAAGGGAGGUGUAACGGCAGUGGAGUGUACAACUACUUUGUAAAUGGCAGAUACGAAGGGGAUUGGGUCGACGGGAAGUACGACGGCUAUGGGAUUGAGAGCUGGGCGAGGGGGAGCAAGUACAGAGGGCAGUACAGGCAGGGAUUGAGGCAUGGCUAUGGCGUUUACAAGUUCUACACUGGGGAUUCGUUUGCUGGGGAGUGGCGUAAUGGUCAGAGCCAUGGCGUUGGGGUGCAGACCUGUGCUGAUGGGAGCUGUUACAUUGGGGAGUUCAAGUGUGGGGUGAAGCAUGGUCUUGGCUGUUACCAUUUCAGAAAUGGAGAUCGAUAUGCCGGCGAAUAUUUUGGAGAUAAAAUCCACGGUUUUGGUGUCUACCAUUUUGCAAACGGCCAUUUUUACGAGGGUUCUUGGCAUGAAGGACGCAAGCAAGGCUAUGGCAUGUAUACUUUCCGAAAUGGUGAAACGAGAUGUGGCGAAUGGGAUAACGGCAGUCUUAAGACCCGUAUUCCCCCACUAACUGAUGCCGUUCUCCGAGCUGUUCAGGUUCGAAAACCAAGCCUUUAUUAAAUCCUCUCAUUUUUUAAAAUUUAUUCACCAAAUUACUUGUUUUUUGGCUUAGUAUGAUGGUAAACAAUUGAUGGUGCUUUUACUGCAAAUGUUGUUACCCCUUUGGAAAUUCAUAUCUAAAUGUUGCUAAAGUUAUUGAUUUCUUAUCGUUAGAUAAACACGAUGUCUAAAGU